UUGACUUGGCGUGUGUGAAGUGGAGAAGAGAGAAGGACUGAAGGAGGGAGAGAAAAGAGACCAGCCACCUAGGAGAGUUCAGGGCACAAGCAGUCAGUUCCCGCGGUCCACUAUCCAAUUCUUCCCCUUCCGAUGGAUUUUACAAACCGAGAAGGAGCGAAGGGCGAAUAACUCCGGAAAGUUGGCCAUGAGGACUGCCCUGCAGCUGAUUUCUGGGGCAGUUCUUUAGCGAGGGAUCAGGACUUCGAAGCCGCCUCUGCGCGCACACAAACACCCCCACACCCCCACACCUCUCUUACCUUCAGCCGUAUUUAAUGGUAAAGUAUUUAGUUUGGAUCCCCAGCCCAGUCGAUCUCUUCAUCUCCCCGGCCUGGGGAGCGGUGCGAGGCGGGGGAGAAGAUGCUCGUGGUGUGGCCCGGCCAGGGGACCCCCGGCCUUUUGGUCCUCUGGGCCCCUUUCUUGCUGCUGCGCUCCAUCCUGGCGGACUUCACCCUGGAUAACGAGGUGCACUCGAGCUUCAUCCACAGAAGGCUGCGGAGCCAGGAGCGCCGGGAGAUGCAGCGGGAGAUCCUGUCCAUCCUGGGCUUGCCCCAUCGGCCCCGGCCCCACCUGCACGGCAAGCAGAACUCGGCCCCCAUGUUCAUGCUGGAUCUCUACAAUGCCAUGGCAGUGGACGAGGAGGGGGGCGAAGAGGGGCAGGGCUUCUCCUACCCCUACAAGCCCAUCUUCAGCACACAGGGGCCCCCGCUAGCCAGCUUGCAGGACAGUAACUUUCUCACGGAUGCCGACAUGGUCAUGAGCUUCGUAAAUCUGGUGGAGCACGACAAAGAGUACUUCCACCAGCGGUCUCAUCACCGGGAAUUCCGGUUUGAUCUCUCCAGAAUACCAGAGGGGGAAGCCGUGACAGCAGCCGAGUUCAGGAUAUACAAGGAUUACAUCCGAGAACGCUUUGAAAAUGAAACUUUCCAGAUCAGUGUCUACCAGGUUCUCCAGGAGCACCCAGGGAGGGAUCCAGAUUUGUUUCUGCUUGACAGUCGAACAAUCUGGGCUGCAGAAGAGGGUUGGUUGGUGUUCGAUAUUACAGCCACCAGUAAUCACUGGGUGGUGAAUCCACAGCACAAUCUCGGCCUGCAGCUUUCCGUGGAGAGUAUAGAUGGGCAAAGCAUCAAUCCGAAGUUAGCAGGUCUCAUCGGAAGACAUGGGCCCCAGAACAAGCAGCCUUUCAUGGUGGCUUUCUUCAAAGCCACUGAAGUGCACCUUCGCAGCAUCCGAUCUGCAGGGAGCAAGCAACGGAGCCAAAACCGAUCCAAAACCCCCAAGAACCAGGAAGCUCUGAGGAUGUCCAAUAUAGCAGAAAACAGCAGCAGCGACCAGAGGCAGGCCUGCAAGAAACACGAGCUCUACGUCAGCUUCCGAGAUCUCGGUUGGCAGGACUGGAUAAUCGCUCCAGAAGGCUAUGCCGCCUACUAUUGUGAAGGAGAGUGUGCCUUUCCCUUGAAUUCCUACAUGAAUGCCACAAACCAUGCAAUUGUUCAAACACUGGUACAUUUUAUAAAUCCAGAGACUGUGCCGAAACCCUGCUGUGCCCCAACACAACUCAAUGCCAUCUCCGUCCUCUAUUUUGAUGACAGCUCCAAUGUCAUUUUAAAAAAAUACAGGAACAUGGUUGUCCGGGCCUGUGGUUGCCAUUAGGGUUGCCCCAACCUAACCACCUAUUUUGGACGCUGAUGCGUUUUGGAAAGAGUGUCUCCGUGCCAUUUGGCAAUAGGCUCGAGGCCUUCCUCAAAGAGCUCGUUUAAAGGAAGCUGACGAAACACCAUCCGGGAGGGCCUCGUUCCUCGUUUAGGUGAACAAGCGAAUGGAAAAAAUGUACGGAAUUUGGGAUCCAGGUGGCUUUUGAUCCAUUCCUCUUUCACUUCUUGGAAGCAAGAUGCUGCAAGCUGCUGCAAGAGAAGCAAACCCGUAUUAAAUAAUGCUGGGCUGUGAUAAUUGAUGUCUGUGUCUCACCCAGAGAUGAUUCACUCUCCAGGGAUAAUUAUGAACACCACUUCAUGGAGGCCACCCAGCAGGAUAUGUGUGUGAGUGCGUGUGUGGGUGGGUGUAAAAGUGUGUACACUUGGGUUGUGCUAAGCAAAACGCAUAUGGAAGUUCCUGUAAUAAAUGUCACAAUAAAAUAACUAAAGAAAAUGGUUGGGACAUAUCAAAUGAAUCUCCCUAAACAAUUUAUCCCAGAUUCAUUAUUUACUUUGUCUUCAUAAACAAAAUCCAAUGUUAUGGAGCAGGGUGAAUUACAUUCACUUUAAUAUCGCAACAGUAAAUUUUCUCUUCACCCGCAAGAGCAGCCAUGGAUAACAAAAUUCCCUUUUGGGGCAUGUGGAUACUAAUUGGUAGAGAAACAAAAUGAAAAGUAAAUACACUUCAAGCAACAAGCUUGCUCUUUUCAUUUGUAUUCUCUGGUGGAAAGGAAAAUAAGGAUUUCAAGCACCAGCGAACAUUUUGAUUUACAGUUCUGGGAGGAGAGAAUUAAAAAAAAAUUACUGAGAUGAAAUUGUCGGGGUGGGGGGAAAGUAAGGCAAAUAACCUGUGAUUUAUUUCCAACUCUUUCAUAUCAGACAUUGGCUACAUAAUGGCUUUGAGGCGGUGUUCUAGAAAUGCUACCAACUAUUGUGGAAGAACAGGAACUAAAGCCUAUGUGUAGCCCUGUUUAAAGAGUUGGGGCUUUCUGUCUUACUCUUUCAAGUUGUCGGUUUUCUUUAUCCAUAGCAACCUGUAGAAAUAAAGACUCCAGAAAGGUUCUUUCUCAAUUACUGCCUCUUUGAAGUCUGAAUGCACACCCAACAUUGUCAGGAAUAUGUAAAUUAUUUUGAAGAGAAGCAACCUCAGGCAAGACACCAGGAGUGCACCCUCUGAAAAUCAUCAGAAAGUGGCUGGCUUUGAAAAUGGGAUUUAGUAGAUAAUGGAUCUUUAAAAGAAUUUCAAGCAAAGGAAAAGGAAAGCCCUUGCCCUUCCAACCAAGCAGGCAAACACGGAUGAACCAUUUUUGGAGCCAGUUGGGAUCAGCAUGCUCAGAACCCAUGAGCAAGUAUGUGUUGGAUUGCGUGGCUUGUGGAUUGUGUGCAACUCACCAUCCACGUACCCGAAUUUGUCUAAGGAAAGCUAGUUGGGGAUUGGUCCAGUAAAUAGAAUGGGCAAAUUGAAAGCCUAGGCUCUUGAUAACUGGUGGUCUUUUCCUAUUUUUAACUGUCCGGGAACCAUUAGGAAAAGCAAGACGGAGGGACUGGGUGAUACAGUCCUGAAGGUGAGUUGAAGUUGAGCUUUUGGAGGGUGGAAGAUAUUACCAAAUACACUACAUACACAGAGCAUUGAUAACCAAAAUAUCUUAAGAUUUUACAGUUCAUGCCAUAAGGCAGCCCUGAAAACCCCUUCAGUUGCUUCAAGCUGGUGGCCAUUUCUGUUCCGUUCACAGCUAAACAGAUACAUCUGGAGCUCGGUUGCCUUCCUCUUCUCCGGAGGUUGGUCUAUGAGGCCGUCCAACUAGGGAACCAUGGAGGGACCACUUAGAUUUUACUAUUUUCUUGUCUAACCUGGGCAGAGGGACUUAGGGACCCCGUGUGUUUUUGACUCUAAAACGAAACUGCAACAGUUCUGCCCUCAUGGGCCUGUGUUAAUGUGUCAAAACCUGCUCUUUGCCCUUGCUGUGGAAACACAAGGGCUUGGGGCAAACAUCAUUGUUUGUACAUUUUUUUUGUAAAUAAUUGUCACAAAGCAGAAAAAAAAUUAUUUAUUUCCAUCUCUGAAUUUCCUCAUUAUUCACUGAGGAAACUGAUUCUCAUCUCUC